AUGCCGGCCCAUCUUCAUGCCCACCUGCACGGUGCUCCCUCCGUGACUUCCAACCCGGAAGUGGAGAGCCAGGCCGAUGCUAUCUCUUCACCUCGAGUACAUCUCUCUCACGAAGACGAAGAUGCGAUCGCAGACAUCCAUCGCACUCUGACGAAUAUAAGCAAUCAUACCCCACCCCAAGAGUAUCCCGAGCCACAUUCCUCGUUCGACAAAUUCCUCGAAGCCGAACUCCAAGCGGGUCGCAAGAAAUCCAACCUGGGCGUCUGCUUCCAGUCCGUCUCCACCUGGGGAGAUGGCGACGACCAUGCCAGUGUUAAGACCUUAGGAACGGCCCUCUGGCGCACGUUGACCUUCCAGGACGUGUAUGAAUGGACCGUCAAGCCCUGGCUGUCCGCCAAAAAGCCCCACGAGGGGCGUGAAUUGAUUCGCGAUUUCUCUGGCGUCGUGAGAAGUGGCGAGAUUAUGCUUGUUCUGGGGAGACCGGGAGCUGGUUGCUCAACUUUUCUGCGCACCAUCGCCGGUCAUCAUUCAUCUUUCCUCGGCGUGACGGGCUCCAUCGACUACUCGGGCCUAAGCCUCGAGGAGGUCAAGACGCAUUAUCGUGGCCAGGUGGCCUACGUGCCCGAGGAUGAUGUGCAUUUCCCCACCCUCACGGUGCGGCAGACCCUGGAGUUUGCGCUCCAGAGCAAGUCGCCCAAAAGAUAUCAAGAACGAAUCUCGAGAUAUCUUGAGAUCUACGGACGAGUAUUUGGCAUGUCCCAUACCAUGAACACGCUCGUUGGGAACGAGUACAUUCGAGGCGUGUCCGGUGGCGAGCGUAAACGCAUUUCCAUUAUCGAGUCUCUGGCCACCGACUCAUCCGUUAUGUGUUGGGAUAACUCCACCAGAGGCUUGGAUGCCUCGUCAGCUCUGGACUAUGCACGUAGCCUGCGAAUCAUGACUGAUACGUGUGGCAAGGCAACGCUGAUGACGCUCUACCAGGCAUCGGAUGCCAUCUAUGAACUGGUUGACAAGGUACUCUUGCUGGACGAGGGUCGGAUGAUUUACCAAGGUCCGGCUCGCGAUGCGAAGGGUUACUUUGAAGGUUUGGGAUAUGAAUGCGCCGAAAUGCAGACGGUCUCGGACUUCUUAACUAGCAUCACUGUUCCUGAGAGGCGGCGUUUCAAACCGGGGUGGGAGCAGCGCACCCCGAAAGGACCCGUCGAACUGGAAGAGGCGUUCAGGAAAAGUUCGGCGUACAAGAAGAUCGAAUACGACGUCGAAAACUACGAGGACCAACGUUUCGGGGCCAAGAGUACCAGAGCAUCCCAGUCUGCUUCAGAUUGUGGAAGCGUGGAAGAAUUCAAAAAGGCUGUGCAGACCGACAAGUCUCGUUUCGUGUCACCCAAGUCCCCGUACACCAUUUCGUUGUUUCGGCAAGUCAUGUUGUGCGCGAAACGUCAGAUCUGGCAGAUCAGAGGCCACAUGUCGCCUUUGUAUAUCAAGCUGAUUUCGGCGGUCGUUUAUGGUCUGCUGGUCGGGUCCAUGUUCUAUAACCAACCUCAAACCACCGACGGAAUGUACUCUCGGGGUGGUGUGAUCUUCUACUCCGCCAUCCUUCUGGCGUGGCUGCAAAUGUCCGAGCUGGAAGACGCUAUGCAAGGUCGAGACAUUCUCAGUCGCCAGAAGAAAUUUGCUUUCGUCCGACCCAGCGCGGUAUGCUUGGCCAGAGUCAUCGCCGACUUCAUGGUCGGGGCUGCUAUAACGUUCCUAUAUCUCAUUGUUGUGUAUUUUCUGUCGGGUCUCAAGGUGGAUGUGAGUUCCAAUACCGAGUCAUCACGGAUUCUAGUCUUUGGCUUAGCUAAUAAUUUGAUCACCAGGCCGGCUCCUUCUGGAUCGACUUCCUCUUCAUUUAUCUUUGCACCAUCUGCCUGA